AAACCUGAUAGUUAGAUGCGAAAUAGAGAAAACAAAAUUCGCGAUUGUGCAUCCCGCGGGAUCCAAACGAGUAGAAAAUCUGCCACUAUAUAUAGCCGGUUGGUGCUCCGGAUCAUCAUAGUUCAAAUCUGCCCAGCGGUAAGAACCAAGCUCCACCACCUCAAAAUGAAAUUCUUCAUCGUUGCUCUGGCCCUGCUCGCCCUGGUUGCCGCCCAAGACGACAAGUACACCACCAAGUACGACAGCGUCAACAUCGAUGAGAUUCUGAAGUCCGAGCGACUGUUCAAGAACUACUAUGCCUGUCUUAUGGACACCGGUGCCUGUACCCCAGAUGUCAACGAACUGAAGCGCGUCCUGCCCGAUGCCCUGGAGAAUAACUGUGCCAAGUGUAGCGAGAAGCAGCAGACCGACAGCACCAAGACCAUCAAGUACCUGACCGAGAACAAGCCGGAGGAAUGGAAGGCUCUGAAGGCCAAGUACGAUCCCGACAACAAGUACGUCGAGAAGUACGUCGCCGAUGCCGACAAGGAAGGAAUCAAGCUGUAAACGGUGGGAGAUUCUGAGAUAAAGACUGAACUGAACUGUUUUGGAAAAUGUGAAAAAUAGGUACCUUACGAUCAGACACCACGCUUGGAAAUUAUUGUAGUUCUGUUGAAUCCUCAGUGCAGAUGAACUAAUAAAUGGAUUUCAGUAACUAA